ACAAUCAUAUCUAAGUGGAAAGCUUACAUCUGAAUAAAAUACGUGUCAAAACUUUAUAUGACUAACGGACAUUUUGUAAAUUUUAAUGGAUCUGGUACAAAAUAUUGAAGUAUUUUUUAACAUUGGUUGUUUGAAAUAAAACAACCUUUUGUGGACGUAAACAGAUGCGAUUGUUAUUCAAAGUUAUUCAAAGGAAUACUAAAUACAAGCUAUGUGGACACCAGUUCCUGUUGUACAUAUGAUCUGCAUUCUACUGGUGGCUCCUUCAGCUAGUGAAAAUUUUCUUAACGGUAAUGACUACAAUUAUGGCUACGGCAAAUGCGAUGCUCAUCACUAUGGAUCUUCCUGUAAUAGUACAUGUCCGGAUGCAUGCAACAUACCAUUUGUUCAAUUUGUUCGACGAGUUUGCAACGUCAUCAAUGGCUCGUGCUCCCACGGCUGUGCUCACAGCAAUACCUAUGGGCCUUUUUGUGAAAUGACAUGUCCGAGUACAUGCAAAACAAUUUUUUUUUCAUUAUUUCAUAGAGUUUGCGACGUCUUCAAUGGCUCGUGUUCCCAUGGCUGUUUGAACAACAGUCACUAUGGGCCUUUUUGCAAUUUGACGUGUCCUAAUACAUGUAAUACGGCGAAUGGCAGAGUAUGUGACGUAAUAGAUGGCUCAUGUUCCAACGGCUGUGCUAACAAGAGUUACUAUGGGCCUUUUUGUAAUUUGACGUGUCCCAAAACAUGCAAAGGGGUGAAUUUAGGCAUAGGAAGAAAGUGUGACAUUUUCAACGGCUCGUGUUCAAACGGCUGUGCUAACAACACCUUCUUUGGGCCUUUUUGUAACAUGACAUGUCCGAAAACAUGCAAUAAGAUGAUUUUUGACAUAGACAGAAGGUGUGACGUAUUCAAUGGCUCGUGUGUCAAUGGCUGUGCUGACAGCAAUAACUAUGGACCUUUUUGUAAUUUGACGUGUCCUUAUACAUGUAAUAAGGCGAAUGGCAGAAUAUGUGACGGAAUAGAUGGCUCAUGUUCCAACGGCUGUGCUAACAACAGUUACUAUGGGCCUUUUUGCAAUAUGACGUGUCCGAAUACAUGCUUCAAUGCGACUGGAAGAGUAUGUGACGUCUUCAAUGGCUCGUGUUUGAACGGAUGUGUCGAUAGCGUUUAUGGGACUAAUUGCAAUAUGACGUGUCCGAAUACAUGCUUCAAUGCGACUGGAAGAGUAUGUGACGUAUUCAACGGCUCGUGUUCUCAAGGAUGUGCACACAGUUUUUAUGGCUCUCACUGCGAUAUGAUGUGCCCGAAAAAUUGCAGAAAAAUUGCUGAUAUGCCGUCGUGUCACUUUGAAGAUGGAACGUGCCUGGCGGGAUGUCUGGAUGGAUUCUAUGGGCGCACAUGUUUAGAUGUGUGCGAUUAUUGUGUAAAUAAUACAUGUUACCAAGACGACGGCGUCUGCAUUGAAGGAUCUUCUGAGGGACACAGACAUGACGUAGAUGUUUUGAAGCGUAAACCUGAUCCACCAACCUCUAACGAUGCAACUAAUGAGAAAAGUGGUGCUCCAAAACCAUUUCCCGUACAUACACUAGUUGGAAUCAUUGGCGGAGUAGUUGGAGUGGUUGUAGUUGUUGCCGCGGUAUUCAUCGUCCAUCGAAACAGAAGAAGAAAUGCGUCGAGAACGCCUAAAGGAUUACAAAUGCAAGCAAUGAUAAAUUCAACCAACGUGACUUCUGCCGACAUAAAUAACACAAUUAACGGUUCAGACGAAGUGAAAUCAGUCGAAUUGAAACGUCCUGACAGCAUCAUGUAUGGUUCAGACGAGGUGAAAUCGGUCGAAUCGAAACGACCUGACAGCAUUAUGUGUGGCUCAGACGAAGUGGACUAGGUCGAGACGAAACGAAUUGAAAACACCGUGGAUGGUUAGGACGAAGAGAAAUCGGGAAAGACGACACAAACAUGUGUGAUUAUCUAAUGGCAUGGACAAUUUGCAAAAACUAUGUUUGGAAGGAAGAGAAAAAGACAAAAUAUUAUCGAACGCUCGGUUGAAGAUUAAAAUAUGAUAGCGAUAGUCACAUGUAAACUCUUGCCAAAGAUCAAGCAGGGUACAUCUCGCCCAUUGCAGAGACCUUCAUUAUUUCACAUUUAUCAUUAAAACUAAAUUAAAUGAUGCAACAACAAUAAUAAAAAGUAUGAUCCAAUAACUUGACCAUUUCUUCACAGUUCAAAACAGUGGUACUUUUCUUCGAAUGUGCACUUCGAAUGUGCGCUUUUUUGUUUUGUAAUUGUGGGUCGUUUUUUGUUGAUAAGGCAACGUUUGGGAAAAGAUAUAAGCAAUAAUUUAAGUUGAUGAUCGCCAUUAUGCAAAUAUUUCUAAAAUGGCCUGAAAUACAUUUUUAGCUCGAAAGUGAUUAAUCUUAAAUACUAUUGAUUUGCGUAAAUAUAGCUUUAAACUGUAGAGUUUAUCAACGAACGUUCAAAUAACCAAAACAAGAAUUCAAUUCAAGAAUUGUUUUAGUGCAAAUAUUUGUGACAUCAUAAAUAUGUCUAUUCAGCAGGUGAAUAGACGUUUAUUUUAAUUUAGAAAAGCAGGGUUGGAAGUGGUUUAACGUUGAAACCCAAAUAUUUUUAUUUUGUUUUAAUUUGUUUUUGUUUUUUUAAAAACAUAGAGAAUAACAGAUUACAGCCUAAUGGUUAUGCAAUAUAUCAGGCGAGGCUUAGAAUAAAAUAAAUGGCGAGGCUUGCCGAGCCGUAAUUUUAUGGUGCCGAUCCUUAUAUAUUAUGAAACGAUCAGGCAGUAAUCGGUUUUUCUGGUUAUCAUACCUCAACGUCCCACAUUUUAUAAGAAAUUGUAAAAAAUAAUCAUUACGACGCUGCAUUUUUUGCGGUAAUGCAUAUGAAUUUUGACGUUUGAUGUGUGAAUAAUAAAGUUAUAAGUGCUUGCGCUUAUUAUUUGUUAAAUAUGUUCAUUUUCUGUUUGUAUUG